AUGGCUACGGAGCAGCACGAGGACGUGCUGCGCUCGCUGCUGGACGCGGCCGUGCUGCGGCCCUCGCACGAGACCUUCAUCCAGAGCUACCAGCACGAAGUCAUCGAGAAGAGCAAGCGCGGCGAGCUGCCGCUCAAGCGCCUGGCCAGCCAGACGCUGGCCGAGGCCUCGCGCUCGCAGUACCGCAGCUCGGAGCGCCACCUGCGCGCGCUGCUGGCCGAGGCCUGCGCGGAGCUCCCGGCCUUCCCGGAGACCUUCGCGCGCGUGCUGAGCGUCCGCGCCACGGGCUUCGUGGCCUCCUUCGCGAGCGCGCGCGUCGUGGCGCUGCGUCUCUCGUGCGUCGUGCUGGGUGCGGCGCUGCAGGCCACCGAGGGCGCAGCCCCGGCCUGGCUGCCGGAGCUGCUGGCGGCGCAGAGCCGGCUGCUGGAGGCCACCGUCGACGACGCCCCCCGCAGCCAGCAGCAGGCGCGCGCGGCGCUGCUCAAGCUGCUCAAGAAGCACGGCCAGACGCUGCUGCAGGCCUACGUGGACGUGGUCGCCGCCGCGGCGCCCGAGGAGCAGCACUACCAGCUAUGGCUGGUGCUGAGCUGCAGCGGCCUGCUGACGACCGAGAUCCAGGAGCUGCUGUGGAAGAAGUACGCCUUCUGGGCCUUCGAGAGCAAGAAGCGCACGUUCGUGCCGCUGCUCAAGGCCGACGCGCGCUUCAAGACGAUGAGCUACGAGCAGUUCGAGACGCUGAUCCUGCCGACCAUGUCCAAGAUGCUCAAGAAGGCGCCCGACACGGUGAUCGAAGCCGUGGGCGCGCUCGUGCACGCCGCGUCGCUGAACUUUGGCCGCUACCUGGGCGACGUGUUCCAGCCCCUGCUCAUCACCAAGCUGCGCGCGCCCAAGGACGACGUGCGCGCCCUUGCUGUCGCCCUGGCUGGCGCACUGGCGCGCUCGUUCCGUCAGAGUGAACACAUGCAGCAGUUUGUGGCGGCCAUGAGCGCGCUGCUGGAUGGCAAGCACGGUCUUCUCGCGCAAUUCUACCAGCGCGAGGUCGCUGCCGCUGUGCUGAACGAGGCCGCUGACGCUGCGGCCGCUCAACUGGACGCGUCCGAAGUCAAGGAGAUUGCUCCGACGGCGAUCGCUUCGCUGCUCAAGGCGGUGGGCAAGGAAGCUCACGAACAGACGCGUCACCUUGGACUGCUGGCGCUGGGCAAGUGGCUCGCGCUCGCUAGCACAGACGAACUCGACGCUGCCACCGUCACUGGACUGAAGACGGGCUUCAAGAACAAGCCUGAGCCCGUUGUGGCUGGCUACCUUCGCGCGCUGGCGGUGCUGUGCCGCACGAGAGCCAAUGCCGUGGUACCCUUUGCUGAUGAAGUGGUCGCGGUGAUCAAGGACUCUAACAAGAAGCCUAACGUGGUGCACCUCAAUGGCGUGCUGGCGGUUGCUGUGGCGGGUGCGAUUGCGUCUGCGAGCAGCGAAAUGGACGCCCGCGUGGCCCAGGAAGGCGUGGCGGACCUGAUCUUGAGCUCCACGUCCUUUGUGCAGAACAGCGUUCGAAUGGUGUUGAACACUGUUGCUAGCACUUCUCGCCUGGGCGCCGUGCCCGAAGCCCCGGAAGUCUCUGCACUUGCUGCGCUUUCUCGCGCCAUCGUGUGGGUCUUAGCAUCGCAGCAGUCGGAUGCCAGCGAGGCUUACUCGCUCUUGGUGGAGUUGCUGUGCUCGUCUAGCCUUACGGUGCGCCAGAGUGCCGAGCGUGCUGUGGAGACCAUUUACCUGUCGUCCCUCGAGCACUGCCCUGGUCUCGUGAAUGCCUUCGAGAAGAAGCUCGACGCUCUCACUACGGAAGAAGAGGCCAGUGUCCCCCCUGCAGGCGUGCUUCGUCGUGCGCUGCGCGUGCUGAUUCCUACUGCUAUUAGCGAGGCCGAUGAGACGAAGGCGCAGGUGUUUGCCCCCGUCCUCUUCCUGGCGCACCACCCGCUCCUCGUUGCAGGCAAGAAAGCCGAUGCAUUCGCUCGCGAGUGGCAAUCUGUUCGCCGACGAUUCUUGUCGCCCGCCUCCGCUCCUGCCAAGGACGAGGAGGAGGAUGAAGAUGAUGAAGCCCCCAGCGAUGCUGGUCGCGUUGACAACUUCAUCGAAGAGCACGAGGACGUGAAGACCGCCAUCGUCGAGCUCUUGGCGAACCCUUCAACGGGUAAGCUGUACUCUACGAGUCUGUUGCAGCGUUUGGCUGCCCAGCGGACGCUGGCAACGUUGCUGGAGUUCGCUGGUAACGGCGAGGGAGAGGAUCUUGCACUGCACGAUAUUAUCGAGGAGCUGCUGGCUAAGCGCCUUGAUGACGAACAAAUCGAUGCACUUACUGAAGAGGAUGUCCUUGUCUGCCAGACCCCCUUUGAUGAGCUGUACGAGCCCAAGAAGGAGGGUGAGGAGGAGGAUAGCUCUAGCAGCCGCACCAAGCGUGGAGGCCGUCGGGGCAAUGAUGACGAGCAGUGGGAGCAGGAGCUGCGCGAGGAACUUGAGCGCAAGAAGCGGGCGGAGCAGGGAGCUCAGAAGAAGGAAUACACGGGCGAACAGAAGGCUUUGCUUGAGCAGCAGCAACAGGUUCGCCUUAAGGUUCAGGAGACGCACCGCGUUGUGUCUGCUGUGCUGGAAGCCGUUAACAUGUUGGCAGUCACUCGACCGGAUGAGCUGCACCCCACGCUGCCGUACCUACUUCGUUCGGCCCGCGUGCUGUUCACGUGCCCACUGUUCAAGUCCGAGGCCUCCAGCGCGUUGUUCGCCCUGGCUAAGACUAUUUGCCCGCAAUUGCUUCGCACGAACUACCAAGAUGUUGCCAGCGCUCUGCGCGUCGCUCUGGAGCUGAACCAACUCACUUCCGACAAGGCUAAGGCCGCUCACAUUGCCGGAGUUGAGUCGCUGUUCCUGCGUCUGCUGGCCGAGUUUAUGGAGUACGUGUUUGGUUUCCAGUUCGAAAGUGAGACCGACUUCGACGCGGAUGCACCGUGCAACCUGAUUCCUCCUCCGACGCUUCACUUGCUCUUCCCAGUGCUGCGUGACCUGCUCCGGUUUGCCCCGGACCUGCGUCGUUGGGCUCUGCCUCUUUUUGCGGUCCACGCGCGUAUGAUCCCGGACGAAGAGGAGGAAGAGGUUGGAGAUGUGGCGGCGCAACGACUGCUCCGCCGCGACAUGCUGCAACUGACUCUGCUGCUUCUGUCCCAGCAGGCAACGGGCAGUGCGUUGCCAAUUUCCAACUCGGAUCUGGCGCCGGGCAAGCUUCUGGCUUCUCUGUGCAUGGGCCCCGAGCUGACUGCGACGGAGUGGGCUCCUCUGCUUGGUGACGAUGGUCUGCUAUCUGAGGAGGCCAGCGCUCGUGGAGAGGUUCUGUCUGCACUUCUUAAUGUCGUCCAGAGCGACGAUGGCGGCGAGGAGUUCCGCAACGCCAAGCCUAGCUCGCUGCUUAUCAGCCGUCUGUAUUGCUGCUGCUUCGACUCGGACGAAAAGAACCGUGCGCUUGCCAAGCAGGUGUGGGAUGCCACGGGUGCCAAGGUCACCGCACUCUUCGCGGGCCCGUUGCUUGUGCUGCUGAACCACACGCAUGCUAGCGUGCGUGAGAGCGCUUCGCUUGCGCUUGCCGAUGGUAUGCGUCAGUUCCCCAAGUCGGUGACUCCUCUGCUGAACAACCUCAAGACUCAGUUCCUGAGCAGCCAGCCGAAGCCGAUGGAGCGCAAGGAUGAAUUUGGCAUCCCUACUGUUCGCCGCCCCGGUGCGCAGGCCGCUGAAUUGGAUGAAGAUGUUCGCACUAUGUGCCCUCGUUUGGGUGUCGCUCUGUGCCUGGAGAAGGCGGCGGAGGUUGCAGGCCCCGAGGCGAUGACCAGUGCUAACACCAUGGCGUUGCUGACGUUCGUCAUGGAACACGGUUUGGGUGACCCGAACGCGAAGGUGCGUUCUCAGAUGCGCAAGACUGGUGUGGUGGCCGUGGCUUCGUUGGGUGGCGGUGCGAACACGACGCCGCUGCUUGAGAUGUUUGAGCGAUUCCUCGAGACCACCGCCCCCCCUGCCGCUUCUGCAGUAAGCACGGGCAAGAAGGCUAAGGUUGGCACGCACCUGGCUGCGCAAGAAGAGGAGAUGCUGGCGCAGCGGAAGCAGGCUCUGUCAAUAUACGAUCACCAGCGUGAGGGUGUCGUGGUGUGCCUGGGUUCGCUGGCCAAGCAUAUGGCUCCGACGGACCCGAAGGUGUCUUCCAUUGUGGAUUCGCUGAUUGAAGCGCUGAGCAUUCCGUCUGAGUCCGUGCAGCGCUCGGUCGCCACGUGCUUGUCGCCGCUCAUGGGCGCGGUCAAGGAUCGCAGCACGAAUAUUCUGGACGACCUGUUGAAGCGUGUGACUGAAGGCGAGACUUUCGGUGAACGCAUGGGUGCGGCUUACGGUGUGUCGGCUGUGGUCAAGGGACUCGGUAUCUCGGCGCUGAAGCUCCACAACAUUAUCCCGCGCCUCGAGGAGUCAAUGAAGACGGGCGGUGUCAAUGCUCGUCAGGGUGCUAUGCUUGUGUUCGAAUGUCUGAGCCAGCGCCUUGGACUGCUCUUCGAGCCUUACAUUAUCGUGAUUCUGCCAGUUAUGCUGAAGUGCUCGGCCGACGCUAGCCCGCAGGUUCGCGAGGCGGCUAGCCACACCGCCAAGGGUAUUAUGGCUAACCUGUCGGCGCAUGGUGUUAAGCUGGUGCUGCCUUCGCUGUUGGGUGCGCUCGAGGAAAGCGCAUGGCGUACGAAGCAGUCGGGUAUUCAAAUUCUGGGCUCGAUGGCGUACUGUGCCCCCCGUCAGCUCGGCUCCUGUCUGCCGCAGGUCGUGCCUAAGCUGAUGACUGCGCUUACGGACUCCCACCCCAAGGUUCGCGAUGCCGGCAAGAACGCUCUGCGUGAUGUGGGCUCUGUGGUGCGUAACCCGGAAAUCGCCACGAUCUCCAAGGUGCUGCUUGAUGCUCUUGAGGACCCGAACCGCUACACGGCUGAAGCACUGCAGCAGCUGCAGUCGACGUCUUUCCAGCACUCGAUCGAUGCGCCGUCGCUGGCGCUUGUGAUGCCCAUCAUUACCCGUGGUCUGAAGGACCGUGCUGGUGAUGCCAAGAAGAAGGCCGCUCUUAUUGUUGGUAGCAUGUGCUCCAUGAUCAACGAUGCCAAGGACCUGGUGCCUUACAUGGAGACGGUGCUUCCCAGUCUCAAGACCCAGCUCAUGGACCCGAUUCCGGAAGUGCGUGCCGUUGCUGCUAAGGCUCUGGGCAAGCUGGUGAAGGGUCUUGGCGAGCGCCACUUCGCUGAUAUGCUGACGUGGCUGCUUGAGGCCAUGAAGGACGACGAAGUUGGCCCUGUGGAGCGUUCGGGUGCCGCGCAAGGUCUGUGUGAGGUCAUGGUGGCACUUGGCAUUGAGCGCGUUGAGCGUGUCAUGCGCGAGGAUAUCCUGCCGCUGGCCCGUCAUCCGAAGUACUCGGUACGUGAGGGUGUGCUUUGGGUUAUGGCGUUCUUGCCACCGGCCCUCGGCAAGCAGUUCUCAAUGUUCCUUCGCGAAGCUCUGCCUAUUGUUGUGGCAGGUCUCAGUGACGAAGCCGAGUCUGUGCGCGACGUUGCCAUGCACUCGGGUCACGUUGUGGUCAACGCUCACGCGCUUUCGCACACGCGCGACCUGCUACCGAGUCUGGAGGCUGGUCUGUUUGACGAUAGCUGGCGUAUCCGCCAGAGUUCGGUCAUGCUUCUGGGUGAUCUCAUGUACCGUAUCAGUGGCACGCGCGCUGUUGCCGUCGUUAACGAAGAUAACGAAGACGACGACGACGAGACGUCUGGCAGCGCUGCGGGCGACCGUGCUAUCAUCAAGUUGCUGGGUAUCCAGCGCCGCAACGCUAUCUUGGCGUCGCUGUACAUGAUCCGGUCGGAUACCUCGGCUGUGGUGCGCCAGAGCGCCCUGCAGGUCUGGAAGAGUGUCGUGGCUAACACGCCCAAGACGCUGCGCCAGAUUCUGGAGGCUCUGAUGAACGCGAUCGUGUCGGCGCUGUCGGGUGACAACAUGGAGAAGCAAACCAUGGCAGGCCGUACGCUGGGUGAAAUUGUGCGCAAGCUUGGUGAGCACGUGCUCCCCGAGGUGGUGCCCAUUCUCCGUGCUGGCUUGUCGCCCUCGCUUCCCACGGGUCGUCGACAGGGUGCUUGCAUUGGUCUGGCAGAAGUCAUUGACUGUUGCACCAAGAAGCAGAUUGAGGACUACGUGGACACGCUCGUUGAUGCUGUUCUGGAUGGCGUCUGCGACGAGCUGCCCGAGGUUCGCGCGUCCGCUGCUCAAGCUUUCGACGUUCUGCACAAGGGCAUCGGCUACCGCGCUAUCGACGAGACUGUGCCCAUGGUUCUGCAGCGUAUCCACUCUUCUCCGUCGGUUGAGGAGCAGGAGCGUGCGCUUCUUGGACUGCAGGAGAUUUUGCGUGUCAAGUCGCGUGAGGUGCUCCCGUAUCUAAUCCCGCGUCUGUUGGUGACGCCGGUGACUGCGUCGGCGGCGCGUGCUGUGUCACGCGUGGCACAGGCUACCGGUGCCGUUAUCCACUUCCAGGUGGAAAGGAUCUUCGCGACGUUCUUCGCGCAGUAUGAGAUCAAGCACGCGUUGCGCAAUGUUGUGCUGGCUGUGGAGGCUCCGGGCGUGCACUGGUUGGCCAUCGAGCUUUGCAAGUACUGUGAAAGUGAGAAUGCUGUGGAUCGUGCGCUCGCUUUCGAGCUUGUGGGCGAGUUCUGCUCACGUGCCGCGGUGCCGUACGACGACCAGGCUCCGCUGUUUCUCAAGCAGAUUGUGCUGCACCUGAACGACCAGACCGAUGCUGUGGUGCGCGCGGCUUCUGCGGCUCUCAAGGGCAUGAACGUGACCACGAAGCCGGAGCAGUUUGCGCAGCACUUGGACUUCAUUCGCCAGUCUAUCAACUCGAUGGUCAGCGAUGCGCGUCACCGCAAGGGUGGUGUGGGCGAUGGUGAGUACCUGCUGCCCGGUCUCUGCAUCCCGAAGGGUCUAGAGCCGUUCUUGCCAAGCUACCAGUGGGCUCUGAUGAACGGAUCGCCGGAGCUUCGUCAGAGCGCGGCCGCUGGUCUUGGCGAGCUGGUGGAGUUGAGCAGUGCUGCCGCUCUCCGCCCGUACCUGAUCAAGCUCACUGGCCCGCUUAUUCGUAUUGCUGGUGAUCGUUUCCCGGGCCACGUGAAGGCUGCUAUUCUGCAGACGCUGGAGACCAUUCUGACCAAGGGCGGUGUGGCGCUCAAGCCGUUCCUGCCCCAGCUGCAGACUACGUUCGUUAAGGCUCUGAACGACACGGCCGUCGACGUCCGCGCACGUGGUGCCUCGGCACUGAGCCUGCUCGUCACGCUUAGCCCGCGCGUGGAGCCCCUUCUUGCGGAGCUGACGGAGCGCCUGCGCACCACCACUGGCGGUGUUCGUGAGGCCAACCUCGAGGCUGUUGCUUCUGUGGUGGAGCGCGUCGGCGACAAGCUGUCGGCAGCUGGCCGCAGCACCCUGGAGAGUGCUCUCGAGGAAAUGCUCGAGUCCAGCGAAGACGCGCUGCGCGAUGGUGCUAGCAAGUGCCUUGCGUCGUGCGUGGCGUCCACUGCGGGCGCCGGCGACUUGGAGGCAGCGCAGAAGCAGCUACUCGAAUACAGUUUGGCCACUGUAGCGGUGGACGACCUGCAGGCGCUGCCGUGGCCGCGUCGCCAGAGUGCGGCGGUGUUCACCGCGUUGGUGCUGCACAAGCAGUCGGCGCUGCUGAGUGCCGACGUGACGGCUCCGUUGACCACGACACUUCUGGCGUUGGCGCAGGAUGAGCAGACUGCUGUCCGUAACCACGCGUUCAAGGCUAUCGGUGCUGUGGUGAAGCGCCAGGAGCACGUUGAGGACUUUGCCAGCAUGGCGCCUGUGUUGGUGGAAGGCGUAACCCACAAGAACAAGGACGUGAUCCGUGGGGCACUGCGCGUGGUCAAGUCGGCUGCGAAGCGCUCGCCGGAGCAGACUCGUGGCCACUUGACGACUCUUGUGCCUGCUGUCUUCCAGCUGAUCAAGAGCAACAACAUGGCGGUGAAGCUGCCGGCUGAACGGACACUGCUGUACCUGCUGGAGGUGCACUCGCGACCGGAGACGCAGGCGGAGUAUCUGCGCAGCGGCGCUGCGGAUGCCAAGAUAAUUGGCGAGUACGCUCGUCGUGUGCUGAGCAAGCUCAAGGCUGACAGCGGCGACGAGAGCGACUAA